GAUUGAUAUGCGACAAAUCAGUUAAACGCUGAUGAUAUUCGAAGAUGGCAGUUAGCAUUGAUGAAGUUCUUAGAUUUAUGGAGGAAAGUUUAGCAGCUGCGGGGGCUCCACUGGCGGAGGCGAAGGCCCAAGCGGAUCUCUUGAUCCAUGCCGAUUUAGUCGGCCACUUUAGCCACGGCCUCAAUCGUCUCGAACUCUAUAUCAAUGACAUGAAGAACGGUAUUUGUAAGCCAGCUGCAAGACCGGUGAUAUUAAAGGAAUCUGCCGCAACAGCUUGGGUGGAUGGAGCGCAUGCUUUGGGUGCUACAGUGGGAAACUUCUGUAUGGAUUUAGCCAUUCAGAAGGCAAAAGAAAGCGGAGUAGGAUGGGUCUCAGCUAAAGGAUGUAACCAUUUUGGCAUGGCUGGCUACUGGGCUCUAAAGGCAGAGCGUGAAGGUCUGAUCGGCAUGGCUUUUACCAAUUCUGCGCCGAUUAUGACGCCAACGAGGUCUAAGAAUAGCGCAAAUGGUACGAACCCCAUCGCCAUGGCAGCACCAGCAGGUGACGGCGACUCAUUAGUGGUUGAUAUGGCAACCACCGCGGCUGCUAUGGGCAAGGUGGAAAUACAAAUGCGUAAAGGAGAAAAGAUACCAGAAGGCUGGGCGCUCGGGCCAGACGCUAAGCCAACUACAGAUGCAGAACUGGCGUUUGUAUCUGGCAGACUUAUGCCGCUCGGUGGUUUCGAGCAAACCAGCGGUUACAAGGGCUAUGGUUUAAGUGUAAUGGUGGAACAGUUUUGUAGUGGUCUAUCUGGGUCGAACCCAUCUCAUAAGGUUUCCGGUUGGUCAUACACACAGACUCAACCUCCCAACAUGGGUCAAUGCUUUGUGGCUAUCGACCCAGAACGAUUCGCACCUGGCUUCCAAGGCAGAGUUAAAGAUUGCCUGGAUCAUUACAGAAGUCUGGAACCAGUUGACCCAGCGCUUCCAGUCUUAGCUCCAGGUGACAAAGAGAAAGAGAAUGAAUCUAUAACAAGAGAGAGGGGAACAAUCAUCUAUCCUCAAGCCCAAAUCGAGUCGUACAACAAAUUAGCGGUGGAAAUUGGUGUAGAACCUCUUAAAACCGAAUUCAUAUAAUACCAUCUUUUAUUUUUAAUACUUCUUUAAAAUUAAAAAAAAACAUUUUUAAGUGCCUAUCUGAUACCUAAUCCGCUGUUCUGCUAGUGUUUUUUUGUUUAUUGACUUUAAAUUGUUUAUAUGUAUUGUUUGUAUGUUGUACUAUAUAUAUAUUUAUAUUUAUACCAUAAUUGUCAUGAGUUAGAAAAGAUAACUUGUAAACUAUACUGUAGAUAUAGCAGUAUGACAUGGUCAAUUUUAAUAAGUUAAAACCACACAAUGUCAUUUUAACAAACCAGUGAAUGUGAUGACUAAAAAAGGUUUAUCAAAGGGUUUAUAAAAUAUAUCUUGAUUCGAAGAUAAGAUGCUUUCUAAGCAAAUUAUGCGAACAUGUUUCGUCUAUUAUUUCUAUCCUUAUUAUUUAAUUAUUUUUUACUUUUAUUAAGGGUUAUGUAUAUGUCAUAAAAUCAUAUUUUAAGUACUAUUUAACUAUGUUUUCUUUACGAGACCAAUACGAGAUAGUGACUUAGAAUAAUAAUAAUGAAGCGUGUUUAAUUCCAAUCUUUACAAUACUAUUGAAUAUACAGUUACUUGUUUGU